AUGGCCCCUUUGCGCCUUCGUGUCGAGGGCCAGACUUUCCGAGACCCCAAUAACAGAGAGAUUACACUAAGGGGGAUCAAUGUUGCCGCUGAUGCGAAAUAUCCAAAAACACCUGACACGCCCUCAUACAUUGCCGAAAAGUUCUUCGAUGCGGAUAAUGUCUCAUUUGUUGGGCGGCCUUUUCCCUUGGAAGAUGCUCACAUUCACUUCAGACGACUCCGGAAAUGGGGUUACAAUACCAUCAGGUACAUAUUUACCUGGGAAGCCAUCGAGCAUGCCGGACCUGGAAUCUACGACGAGGAGUGGAUUGCAUUCACUAUAGAAGUCCUCCGAAUUGCCAAACAAUAUAACUUCUACAUUUUCAUGGAUCCGCAUCAAGAUGUGUGGUCACGUUUCUCGGGAGGCUCUGGAGCACCUAUGUGGACACUCUAUGCAGCGGGACUCAACCCUAAGAAGUUCAAAGCUACGGAGGGCGCCUUGGUGCAAAACACCUAUGAUAUCCCUGCAGAAUUUCCCAAGAUGAUUUGGAGCACGAAUUACACUAGAUUAGUCUGCCAAACUAUGUUCACCCUGUUCUGGGCUGGACGAGACUUUGCCCCCAAAGCUGUGAUCGAUGGGGUGAACAUUCAAAAUUAUCUGCAAAAUCACUUCAUUGGUGCAUGUGCCCAUUUGGCGCAAAAAAUCCACGAUGCAGGUGAUCUUGAGGGUGAGGUGAUAAUUGGGUGGGAAAGCAUGAAUGAACCUCAUCGGGGAAUUAUUGGUGUGCAAGAUAUAUCUGUUGUUCCGCCAGAGCAACAGCUCCAACUUGGAACUUCUCCUACAGCGUUCCAGGCCAUGCUCACUGGUUCAGGGAGGGCAUGCGAACAGACAACAUGGGCAUUUGGCAACUUUGGACCUUACAAAACCGGCACCGAUCUUGUGGACCCUGCAGGUGACAUAGCUUGGCUGCCAGCUGGAUAUGACGACAGCAAGUAUGGCUGGCAACGAGACCCUGGUUGGAAGCUCGGGGAAUGCAUUUGGGCCCAACAUGGGGUCUGGGACCCUUCUACAGACACCCUCCUACAAAAAGACUACUUCUCAAAGAAUCCUCAGACUGGCGAGCCAUUGGACUAUGAAAAAUUCACCAAUUCCUAUUUCUUGGAUCAUUAUCGGACAUAUAAGAAUGCCAUUCGAGGCAUUUGGCCAGAUGCAAUAAUGUUUUGUCAGCCGCCUGUUAUGGAAAUACCACCGGACGUCAAAGGUACUGCUGAUGAUGAUCCAAACAUGGUCCACGCAGUUCAUUUCUAUGACGGACUUACCCUCCUCACGAAGCAUUGGAAUAGACUCUACAAUGUAGAUGUCAUCGGUGUGCUCCGGGGCAAAUACCUCACCCCAGCAUUUGCUCUAAAAAUUGGCGAGUCGGCCAUUCGAAACUGUCUGCGUGACCAGCUUAAAUUCCUCCGCGAAGAAAGCCGGAGUUAUAUGGGCUCUCAUCCUGUGGUUUUCACGGAGAUUGGAAUUCCCUAUGACAUGGAUGACAAGUACGCAUACAAGACCGGUGACUAUACUAGCCAAACUAGUGCUAUGGACGCAAAUCAUUUCGCGCUAGAAGGCAGCACGUCUAAUGGCUAUACUCUCUGGGUAUACGUCACUCAGAAUGACCACGAAUGGGGCGACCAGUGGAAUGGAGAGGAUUUGUCUAUAUACUCCCGCGACGAUCUGGAAUUGCCUGCUGGAAAUACUGCUCGGUCUCGGUCCGCCAAUCCCCAUUCUCCGGCCUACUCUGAAAGUCAAAGUAGCGGAGAAGAGCCAGAUAUUGGGCCUUGCAAUCUCAAGGGUGCUUUAACAACUCCAUCUAUCUCCAGUGACCGUUCUCAUCUAUCUUCAUCUGUGCGACAAAAGCAGGGUUAUCGCGCCGCAGAAGCAUAUCUUCGUCCUAGCCCAACUUACGUGAGCGGCAAAUUGGAUAGUCAUCUUUUUGAUCUCAAAAAUUGCACGUUCACACUCUCGUUGACGUCUAAAGGACCUACUAUGGCGACUGCCCCCACCGAGAUAUACCUCCCAGACUUCCAUUUCCCCGAGUCCAACCUUGUUGUCACAGUCAGUGGCGGCAAAUGGGACAUUGAUAACCAAGACAUUCAAGGGGUGAAAUUGCAACAUCUACGAUGGUGGCAUGGAGAAGGAGAACAGGAUAUCAAGAUUGAGGGACUGAAGCGCAAACCCGGGGAGAUUGCUAAUCCAGCUGGUGAAGAUGUGUCUUAUUUGGAACAAUGCCAAAAAGGUCAAUGUCUCAUGAUGUGA